AUGUCUAGGUGGUGUCAGAGUCCCCGGAUUGAGUUGGUCGUUGGUGAAGAUACGACUUCAAGCGAGGGCUCGUUUCUAUUUCCUCGGGAGCUCCUCCGACGUCGCUCACGAACCCUCCAGGAGCACGUCAAGUUGCACGAUGGGAAGGCGGUCCCCGUGCCUGAUACCUCCGUGCAAACCUUGACGGAAUUCUUUAUCUGGAGUAAUCGACCCGAUCCGCAUCUGGAAGACCGCCUGAGUUUCCCGGAAGUCGUCAAUCUUGGUAUCUUCGCCUGGAAAUACCAAAUCUCCGCUCUCAGCAACCAAGUCACAGACAAGGUGCGGGCGAAUCUUGCCAGUGGCGAGUGGCAACUGCAGGCGGCUAUCGUGGACGCUAUCUACCAGGCCACGGAACCCGGCAGCCCGCUACGAGAAGUUGUUAGGGCUGCGUUGGGGCAGCUCUCGCGCUCGGUCAUCGCCGGCCAAGAGUGGGAAAGCACAUUCAGAAACAACCGCGAUCUUGGCUGGGACUAUCUCAGGGCUGGGGACAAGGAGUGGGCUCGUCAAGACUACUUGUCAGGAGUGUGCCGGUUCCACAAUCAUGACGGCAUCAAGCGGCAAGAGGGUCUUUGUGAUGGGUGUCCCUUUGCCGAAGCCGAUUGCUAUCCGGAUUGGGGGGAGAAUACCGAACAGGACUUCGAGACCUCGAACCGCGAAAUGCCAUCACAACCAGAGCAUCCCGCAGAGGAAGGUUUCGAGGAGCCAGGAAUCGUAGCGCCAGAGCCUGUGUCAGCGUCAGAGCCAGUACCAGCACCGGACGAGCCAUGCCCGGAACCAGAGCCAACAUUUGACGAGCCAAUGCCAGAGCCGGAGCCUGUGCCAGAGCUGGAGCCGGAGCCUAUACCGGAGCCUGUGCCAGAGCUGGAGCCGGAGCCUGUGCCGGAGCCUGUGUCAGAGCCAGAGCCAGCGUCAGAGGCAGAGGCAGCAAUUGAAGAGUCAACGCCAGAGCCUGCAUUUGCAGAAACUCCAGUCGCAGAAGUACCGGUUGAAGAGGUGCUUCUCGAAGAGUCAAAGCCUGUAAAGGUCAAUGGACACCUAGGAACGGUCGAAGACGUUAACGGCCUCGGCAUGAAUGGUCACGUCGAUUCAGAGCACCCAGAAGAAGUACUUGAGGAGGCAGACGGCACAGAAACACCACACGUCAACGGAGCCCGAGCAGGGUCCCUUGCUGAGGAGGAAUCACUGUACCCAGACUCGCUGUCGAGUGAUCGGGAGAUCCUUGGAGCUGUACCCCAGGUGAACGGAAAGAUGGUGGACAAGGGCAGUGUGAAGGCAGUUGUAACGGCAGUGCCGGAAGCUGGAAAUCGUAAAUUGUCCAAGAACCAACGAAGGAAACUGGCGAAGAAAUUGAGCGGUGGGAAUUGA